ACGAGAACCAAAUAACAACGCAUGCCCGAAAUUGCACCAUGUCCGACACGACCAUCUUCCUGGUCCUCUUCCUCGUCUUCGCGGCGCCGUUCGCGCUCUACGUGCUGGCAGCGCUGGUGCUCGCGCUUCUGCCAUCGGCCAAGCUCCACCCGUCGUACGCCGGCAAGCAUGUCUUGAUCACGGGCGGCAGCCAAGGCCUCGGCCGCGCACUCGCGCUCCAGCUCGUCGACGCCGGCGCCAACGUCACGAUCGUGGCGCGCAGCGUCGACAAGCUCCGGGCCGUCGUCGCCGAGGCAGAAAAGAGCGCAACGCCGGGCCGCGGCCGCAUCGCGUACCAAUCGUCCGACACGCGGGACGCGGCGUCGGUGCAGUCGGCGGUCGUCCAGGCUGAGACCGUGUUUGGCCCGAUCGAGAUUCUGUUACCCGUCGCGGGCAAGGCCGUGACGGCCAAAAUCGACGAAAUCUCGCUCGACGAGCACAAGGCGGCGAUGGACCUCAACUACUUUGGGACGCUCAACACCGUCGAUGCGGUUUUGCCAGGGAUGCGGGCGCGCCAGCGCGGCUCGAUUGUCUUCAUCACGUCGGGCGCGGCGCUAGCCACCUACGUGGGGUACGCCGCCUACUCGCCGAGCAAGUUCGCGGUCCGCGGCCUCGCCGAGUGUCUCCAUAACGAGCUCGCGGGCUCCGGCGUCUCGGUGCACAUCGCGUACCCUGGUCAGAUGAACACGCCCGGGUAUGCUGCGGAAAUGCUUACCAAGCCCGCCGAGUGCAAGGCCAUUGAAGCCAACGACACGCUGCAUACACCGGAGGCCGUGGCCGCGUCGAUCUUGCGGGAUCUCCAGCACGGCGCGUACAGCAUGUACGGCGGUGACGUCUUGGUGCGUCUUCUUGGCGCUGCCUCGUCGGGCAUGAUGCCGCGCACCAACUGGGCGUUGGACGUCCUGCUGUUUCCGCUCUUGGUCCUUAUUGCGUGGUUUGUGCGAAAUGACUGGGCCAGUGCUGUCAAGAAGGGCCUCCGCAGCUAAAACCAAGGGAUAACGUUGCAAUGUAGUUGAGACUGCUAGCGCCAAUUUACAUGAUCACAAUGCAGUUUCUUGACGACCGUA